GCCUGUCUGAAUCUGAACCGUUGAAAUAACUAAUUGGCAUGUGUCGGAUGAAGAUAGAAGUAAAAGGAGAUGUUGAUUUCUAGUGGAAAUGGAGACGAUCUACAUCUUUCUCUACCCAUUAUUUUUUCUACGAACCCCUUAGAUCCCACCCAAAUCGAAGCUCUACGAGCCCUAGAUCUCAAAUUAUCUAUCGAAUUCUUGGUCUUUAUAUCGAAUCUCCACGACUGCGUAACUUGCGAUUUGUGAAACGCACAAGUCCUGAAAUCCCCCCUUUCUUUAUAUUUCAAUAAAUCUAGCUUGUAUUUGCUUUCAAAUGUUUUUAGCUUGCUUUGAAGGUGUUUCUGUCAGCUUUCAAAACCAGAGUUCUUCAUUUACAACUUUCAUGCGAGUUCAAGCCUUCCACCAGGUAAUGUCGAUGCUUACCAUUUUUAAAUAGGCAAAAUAACUGCGAAGUCAUUUAAAUAGGCAAAAUAGGGAAAGUCUAUCUUUUUGACCGUUAGGUUACAACAUUGACACAAACUUAGCGCCGCCAAGUCUUCUUCUCCCUGCAUAUUUUCGUCCUUCCUCUGUUUCUUCGCGGAUAUUUUCUCGCCGAUCUUGGACAACCUUGCGUACAAGUGGGCCUCAUUAAUGGAGCAAACUGGUGAUUUACUCCGGUUAAGAUUAUUGAGUUUUGGCUGUUCUUUAAUCAAAUUGUGCGCGGGGAUUUAGGGUAUGAGAGUUGUAUCGAUGUGAAGGAACAUGUUGCUUGGAAUUCACACGAAUUCAUUUGUUGGUGUUGCGUUUGCGUUUCCGCACAAGAUUGAGGGUCGUUUUGUGGUGGGCAAUUUCGUCCCCGCUACACACUUGAUAAAGGCGGGUCGAGAGUGUGAAUUUGGAAUUCAAUGUUAUGAUUAUGAUUAUGACAGAAGAAGAAGAAAAAGAAGAAGUUGGCGGUGUUGUGGUUCGGGAAUGAGUGAAUUGGAAGUGCUGGAGGAAGGGCGUAUGGCGGUUUCAAGUUAUCUUAAAGAAAUGGGUGUGUCGGUUGAGGAAUCCGAAUCAAUCGCAUCAAACUGCCCUGCAUAUCUUAACAUGUUAGUUGAAGGUGUGAGGGAUUUAGAGCAGUGGGAUGUUAAUUUCAAUUCCAACUUCAACUUGAGGGACAAGCUUGUUCACAUUGCUUCUCUCAAGGGUGACAACGGCAAACUAGCCUACUUAGAGAGUCUCGGCUUCACACUCUCUUCCUCUAUGAAUGUCGCCAGGUAUAUUAUAUCCUCUGACACUGAUUCCCUCCCAUCUUUCAUACACAAGGUUACCUCUAUCAAACAACUCUUCUUUCCUCCCACUUCCACUCAUCAUUAUCAUCACUUCCUCCUUAUCAAUAAUAUUCUCCGCAUCAUGCGCCACCUAUCUAUUUCAAUACACGAUGAAGAUCUUCAACACACUUUCUCCUUUUUCGAAAAGCUUCAAGCUAGGCGUGGUGGUCUAAAUAUCCUCUCUUCUAAAGAUUCUGCUUUCUGUUGCCUCAUUGAAUCAUUCCCUCGUAUACUUUUGUUAUCACUAAAUAAUCACAUCUUACCUAUACUCCAUUUUCUCCUAAAUUUUGGAAUCCCCCCUGAUCGCAUCCCAAACGUAAUAUUGGCUUUUCCUCCUAUUCUGCUAUGGAAUCUUCAACUCGUUCAAACUAGAGCCCUCGCCUUGAACCAGAUUCAUGGUGUGGAUAAAGAUUAUGCCAACUUGAUGCUAAAAUAUCCCUGGGUUCUAUCUACAAGCAUUCAAGAAAACUAUAAGGAGGUCCUUGCCUUUUUAUAUUCUGUCAAGGUUCCAAAGACAUGGAUAGACCGUGCAAUCAAAAGACAACCUCAUUUAUUGGGUUGUUCAACUAACAAGAUGAAGUUGAUGGUGGAUCAGUUUGCCGAACUAGGAGUUCCAAGAAAAAAAUUGGGUCAGGUUAUCGCUAAAAGUCCUCAGCUAUUAUUACAAAAGCCUGAAGACUUUCUGCAGGUUGUUCUGUUCUUUGAAAAUAUGGGUUUUGAUAAAGAAAAUAUUGGGAGAAUACUUGCCCGCUGCCCUGAAAUUUUUGCCACCAGCAUUAGUAAAACUUUACAGAGAAAGAGUGAGUUCCUUAGUAGAAUUGGCGUUUCUAAAGCUUACCUUCCUGUGGUUAUCAGAAAGUUUCCAGAAUUACUUGUGUCUGACAUUGACAGAACCUUGCCUCAACGGAUAGUGUACUUGAUGAAGCUUGGCCUUACAAAAAAAGAAAUUGCAUUUAUGAUACGUACAUUUUCUCCUCUACUUGGGUACAGCAUAGAGGAGGUUCUGAGGCCAAAAAUAGAAUUUCUGGUGAACUCGAUGAAGAGGCCAGUAAGAGAUGUGGUGGGUUACCCUAGGUAUUUUAGCUAUUCGCUAGAAAAGAAGAUAAAGCCAAGA